AUGAAGCAAAACACAUGGUUCGCAGUUUCGAGUUGGAUAGUAUUUUCUGGGGUAAGUGAGUGGAAACUGAACAUUAACUGGGAGCAUAUGUCGCGUCACCAAUUAUUUCUAUUUCUGCUCACUGGAGCUUUCAUGAGCAAUGCAUGUUUUCCCAGAGAAAAAGAUAUCUGUAAACAUCGAUACAAUACAGGUGGAUGUUUCGUAACAGCUACCACAAAAUACCACUUCGAUGUGCAGAAAAAACAAUGUGUUCCUUACAAAGAUACCUGCGGCAACAGUGAAAACAGGUUUGAUACCAUUGAUCAGUGCAAAAUGAAAUGUAAACACUUAAUGGACACGCACUAAGUUGCAAAGAAUACGACGGUUAUCACGUCGGCAUCUAAAUCGAAAUUGCCUGUUUGUAAUUUGUUGUUAACUUGCUGAUCACUUCAC